AUGAGGGAGGGGGGCUCUGCCAAAGGACCCACAUCUUGGGCUCUGGCGGUGCCAGAUGUGGAGCAGGUUGGAAGGAGGAAGUUUAAUCGCUUCCCUUCCAUAUCCCAUGCAGCACCUUGCAGCGUGGAGCCUAGUGGUAAGGAGCGCAGAGGCUUGGGGCAGCCGGGCUGCGAGGAGGCCGCGGCGCAGGGGGCGAGUGGAACCGGCGGCAGCGGCGCUGGGUCGGGAGGCGCAGAGGCGAGGCGGACGAACCGGCGGGGUCACCAGCCAGGGGUCUCCGCACUGGAAUUUGAUAUUCAUUUAUCCAGGGUUUACCCUCCUCCUUUUUUUCUUCAGCAAUUUUUAAAAUCCACAUUCUUUCUCGUUUUAAUUUAUUUUUUGCUUCCCACUCCCCGCUUAAAUCGGGCCGACUGUUUGGGGAGAUUGCUCCUUUACUUCCCCAAAUCACUUCGGAUUUUGGAAACCAGCAGAGAGAAGAAAGAGGUAGCAAGAGCUCCAGAGAGAAGUCGAGGAAGAGAGAGAGAGACGGGGUCAGAGAGCGCGCGCGAGCGAGCGAGCAACGACAGGGACAGGGGCAAAGUGAGUGACCUGCUUUUGGGGGUGACCGCCAGAGCGCGGCGCGAGCCCUCCCCCUCGGGAUCCCGCAUCGGACCAGCAGCGCUGACGGACAGACAGACAGACACCGCCCCCCGCCCCAGCUCCCACCUCCUCCCCGGCCGGCGGCCGAGGGUGGACGCGGCGGCGAGCCGCGGGCAAGAGCCGGAGCCCGCGCCUGGAGGCGGGGUGGAGGGGGUCGGGGCUCGCGGCGUUGCAGUGAAACUUUUCGUCCAACUUCUGGGUUGUUCCCGCUCCGGAGGAGCCGUGGUCCGCGCCGGGGCAGCAGAGCCGAGCGGGACUGGGAGAAGUGCUAGCUCGGGCCGGGAGGAGCCGCAGUCGGAGGAGGGGGAGGAGGAAGAAGAGAAGGAAGAGGAGAGGGGGCCGCGGUGGCGACUCGGCGCUCGGAAGCCGGGCUCAUGGACGGGUGAGGCGGCUGUGUGCGCAGACAGUGCUCCAGCCGCGCGCGCGCCCCAGGCCCUGGCCCGGGCCUCCGCUCGGGGAGGAAGAGGAGACCGCCUAGGCGCCGAAGAGAGCGGGCCGCCCCGCAGCCCGAGCCGGAGAGGGAGCGCGAGCCGCGCCGGCUCCGGCCGGGCCUCCGAAACCAUGAACUUUCUGCUCUCUUGGGUGCAUUGGAGCCUUGCCUUGCUGCUCUACCUCCACCAUGCCAAG